AUGGUUUUUGCAUGUAGAAAUUUGUGGUCACGGAAAACCUCAUUAAAUAUACUGAACCGAAAAAUAACGCGGUUUUGCCAAUUUACUACGAAGACAAUUACGGAAGAAAAGGUUAAAUUUCCCGGUGUAAAAGAAAGUUAUUUUACCGAUAAAAUGCAAUUCAUUCAAAGUGUCAAUCCAAUACCAACAUAUAGAGUAAUGGAUAGACAAGGGAAAGUUUUGGAUCCCGCUCAAGAGCCUCAGGUAUCGAAAGAAUUUGCUUUAAAAAUUUACAAAGAUAUGAUUACGUUGAACAUUUUUGAUUUAAUUCUUUAUGAAGCUCAGCGACAAGGGCGAAUAAGUUUUUAUAUGACAAAUUAUGGGGAAGAGGCAUAUAUUGGUAGUGCAGCUGGUUUAGAUAGUCAAGAUGUGAUUUUUGGACAAUACCGAGAGGCAGGAGUUCUCUUGUAUCGUGGAUUUACGUUAGAUGAAUUUAUGAAUCAAUGUUAUAGUAAUGAAAAAGAUUCUGGCAAAGGUAGACAAAUGCCCGUUCAUUAUGGAUCUAAAAAAUUAAAUUUUCAAACUAUUUCUUCACCACUUGCGACACAAAUUCCACAAGCUUCAGGUGCAGCUUACGCACUUAAAAGAGCUGGGAAUAAGAAUUGUGUAAUGUGUUAUUUUGGAGAAGGUGCAGCUAGUGAAGGAGAUUUUCACGCUGCAUUAAAUUUAGCAGCAACCAUGCGAUAUGGUAUAGCGAGCAGGGGAAUCGGAUAUGGGAUUGAUAGUAUACGCGUUGAUGGAAAUGACGUAUGGGCCGUUUAUAAUGUUACAAAGGCUGCAAGACAAUUGGCGGUUGAAGAAAAUCGACCCGUCUUAAUUGAAGCCAUGUCAUAUAGAAUAAGUCAUCAUAGUACUUCAGAUGAUUCAUCAGCAUAUAGAUCUAAAGAGGAAGUUGAAAAUUGGAUGCGGUUUGAUAAUCCUAUUGUGAGAUUACGUAGAUGGCUAGAAGAUAAGAAUUGGUGGAAUGGACAAGAAGAAAAAUCAUUUCGAGCUUUUAUUCGUAAAGAAAUUCUAACAUCAUUUUCCAAAGCUGAAAAACUUCAAAAGCCAUCCAUUACCGAUCUUUUCAAUGACGUCUAUGAUCGUCCUACACCAAACAUUAUUAUUCAGAGAGAAAAAUUAAAAAAAUUGAUUGAGAAAUAUCCAAAUAAUUAUCCUCUAAAAAAUUUCAAAAAUGAAGGUGAAGACUUAUAG